AUGAAAGCCAUCUCACGCCGACUUCCCUCGGGGGCUGUCAUUCCUCUCAUCACCAGGUCAAGGAUCUUACCGACCUACAUCCGAACGCAUAGACAAUAUAGACAAAUCUCCUCCCUGCAGUUUACAAUCCCUUCUUCUUCUUCUUCCUCAUCUCAUCCGCCCAAUCUGGUCACUACUACCUCACCCGCCAAGCCUCACUUCAAGAAGAUCCUCAUUGCUAAUAGAGGUGAAAUAGCAUGUCGUAUCGUCCGAACUGCCCGAAAACUAGGAGUAAAGACCGUAGCAGUGUUCAGUGAGGCUGAUAAGGGCUGCAUACAUGUACAAAUGGCAGACGAAGCUAAUUGUAUCGGACCAGCACCAAGCUCCGAGAGCUAUCUGAAUAUCGAUAAGAUAUUGGCAGUAGCUACAGCGACAGGAGCAGAGGCGAUUCAUCCGGGAUACGGAUUCUUAUCUGAGUCUUCAGUUUUCGCAGAACGGAUCAAAGAUGCUGGUUUGGUAUUCAUUGGACCUCCCACAUCAGCGAUAAAGAGUAUGGGAUCGAAAAGGGAGAGUAAGGAAAUCAUGACUGCUGCUGGCGUACCUUGUGUACCUGGAUAUCACGGUGCCGACCAGUCCCCCUCUGCUCUCUUAAAAGGAGCCGAGCAAACAGCUUAUCCCCUCCUUAUCAAACCUACUCACGGAGGAGGUGGCAAGGGUAUGAGGAUCGUCAGAGAUCCAAAAUCGUUUGAAGAUGAAUUGAUCUCAGCUAAAAGAGAAGCUAUAAAAUCAUUUUCGAACGAUGAAGUAUUACUGGAAAGGUGGUUGGAGAAACCUAGACAUGUCGAAGUUCAGGUUUUCGCGGAUACAUUUGGAAAUACGGUGGCUCUGGCUGAGAGGGAUUGUUCAGUUCAAAGAAGGCAUCAAAAGAUAAUCGAAGAAGCUCCUGCACCUGGACUGAGUCCUGAGCUCAAGAAGGAUUUCGCAGAGAAAGCUGUGGCUGCUGUCAAAGCGGUCAAUUACGUUGGAGCAGGAACAGUCGAGUUUAUCAUGGAUGCUGAAACUGGGGAAUACUUCUUCAUGGAAAUGAAUACCCGAUUACAAGUAGAACAUCCUGUCACAGAGAUGGUCACUGGUAUUGACCUGGUUGAAUGGCAAUUAUCCGUGGCAGCUGGAAAUUCACUACCGUUGACUCAAGACCAGAUACCUUGCAAUGGUCAUGCAUUCGAGGCUAGGAUCUACGCUGAGAGACCCGAAUCCAAUUUCUUGCCUGAUGCUGGAAGGCUGCUCCAUACCAAGGCACCCGUCAACGUACCUCACCGACUGGAGACGGGUUUCUGGGAAGGCGAUGAGAUCAGUUCGUACUACGAUCCCAUGAUCUCCAAGCUUAUCGUUCAUGGACCCGAUCGAUCGUCUGCCCUUUCGCUCCUCCGCUCAGCGCUAGGUGAAUAUCAAGUUGUAGGCCCCUCGACCAAUAUAGAGUUCCUCAAAUCAGUAGCGGGUCACGAAGUCUUCGCAAGCGGUCCUGUGGAGACUAGUUUUGUUCCUACGUACCAGACCGACCUCUUUCCCCCACGUCAUAUCCCCACUGAAGUACUGGCUCAAGCUGCCCUCUACCUUACUCUUAGAUCUGAAAAUGCCCAUCAAGUACUAAGUGAUGGUCCAUGGUCUAGACUAGUUAAUCGACGUUUUGGUGAUGAGGUGAUCAAAGAAUACAAGAUAGAUGAUCACCUGAUCAAACUCAAAUAUGUCGAUCAAGGAUAUAUGAUCAGUAUAGAUUCGGAAUAUUGGAUUAAUAUCCCAUCAAGUCAAUUGAACCAGGAAGGAAUAGAAUUGAUCAGUGAGAUUGAAAAUGAUCAUGUGAGAUCGACAAUUAUUCCCGUUGCCUCAAGCGGACAUGGACAUGGUAGAAGUGGAGAAGAGAAAUUGCAUAUAUUUGCGUCUUCUUCACAUUACAUCGUAACUCAUCAACCUACUUUACUUGAAGAUCCAUCUCUAUCCACAUCUACUUCUAACGGAAAUAACCAAGAUAAGCUUGUAUCGCCUAUGCCAGCUACGGUUGUAGAAGUGAAAGUAAAGUCUGGAGACGAGGUGAGAGAGAAUCAAGUGCUGGUAGUGCUAGGAAGUAUGAAGAUGGAAAUAUCCAUUAGAGCAUCCAAAGAUGGAGUUGUCGGUGAAGUGAAUGUGGAGAAAGGAAAGGUCGUUCAGGAAGGUGAAGUAUUGGUCGAGUUGGCGAAGCAAUAA